CUCUCCCUCUCCCUCUCCCUCUCAGGCGCACCGACAAUGACUCAUCGUAGGACCUUCAACGCCUUCAUUUCCUCUGCUCUCGUUACCUGGAAAUCUACGGGUAAAUUACAGCAAACAAUAGCGAAGUGUGUAGAGCGAACCGGACGGGCACUCCACUCCGGCAAGAUCACAACGGUGAAAAUAUGGCCGGAGCAUGCCGGCGGGGGUAGGUAUUUCGAUUUCCGGUCAAAAUUCAUCCCCGCAUCCAUCGAAUUUGCCGAAGAGAGCCCACUCUGUACAACGCUGUCCAAAGAUGGGCACAGAAUUCGUACCGUUGAGCACUUGCUCUCUUGCUUGGAGGCCACCGGCGUCGAUAAUUGCCGAAUCGAGAUCGAAAAUGAGGACUCCUAUGAUCAGUCUGUUGAGGUUCCUAUUUUAGAUGGGUCAGCAAGGGAAUGGAUGGAGGCUAUAGAACAAGCUGGGUUAAAGGUAGCCACAGAUCCCACUGGCAAAGGCUGUGAAAAACUGGCAGCUUUUCUUAAUGAACCUGUUCAUAUGUGGAAGAAUGAUUCUUUUAUUGCUGCAUUCCCAUCUCCAAAGGUUUACAUCACUUAUGGAAUUAACUUCCCUGAGGUGCCUGCUAUUGGCUGCCAAUGGUUCUCUUCCCCUUUGUUGGAUGGGACUUGCUUCGCUGAGCAAAUAUCUUCUUCAAGAACCUUUUGCAUUUAUGAAGAGGUGGAGCGAUUGCGUGAUGCAGGACUCAUUAAAGGGGGUUCAACAGAAAAUGCUAUUGUGUGUAGUGGCAGUAGAGGUUGGUUGAAUCCACCACUGCGUUACCAUGAUGAGCCUUGUCGACACAAGGCUCUGGAUCUUAUUGGCGACCUAUCUCUUUUUGCACGAAGUGGUAGUCAGGGGCUUCCAGUGGCGCACAUAAUUGUUUACAAGGCAUGUUCCUUCUCUAAUACAUAUAUUGUACCCAGUCAAGUUGAGGUUGUUGGUCUGAAACCGAGGGCAAUCACUAUGAGCAAAAAAUGUGUCAGGAUUGCACUCAGCAUAGCCGUCUCAGAAUCCAUUAGUGGGGGUGGUCAUGCACUGCAUGCUGAAUUUGUUCGAUCACUAGAGUUGAACCGGAAAAGUGACUGCUGGUUGUCAAAAAGCCGGUAG